AUGGCUGAGUUGAGGCUGGCCCUUGGAACUUGUGAUUUACAGUUUGACUUUGUGUCUUACACCCCUUCUGAAUACGGAACCCUCACCCUCAUUGAAAAUGUUGCCUGCUUCUGCCCAGCCUGUGAAAGUGUGAAAAUUCAAAGGUCACUUCCCCUCUUUCACUCGAUUGAUAAUUUGGUUGGGUGUAGGUGUAGUCGUGUAGUCUUCCAACAAAUGCAGAUUCAUUUCAUAUUGCUCUUCAGUCGACAAGGGAAAUUACGGCUGCAGAAAUGGUACACUACUCUCCCUGACAAGGAAAGGAAAAAGAUCACCCGGGAAAUUGUUCAGAUUGUUCUCUCUCGUGGUCAGAGGACAAGCAGUUUUGUUGACUGGAAGGAUCUAAAACUUGUUUAUAAAAGGUAUGCUAGUUUAUAUUUUUGCUGUGCAGUAGAAAAUCAGGACAAUGAGCUCUUGACACUAGAGAUUGUGCAUCGUUAUGUGGAGUUGCUGGACAAAUACUUUGGAAAUGUCUGCGAGCUAGAUAUUAUCUUUAAUUUUGAAAAGGCUUAUUUUAUCCUGGACGAGUUUAUAAUCGGUGGAGAAAUUCAGGAAACAUCCAAGAAAUGUGCUGUUAAAGCCAUUGAAGAUUCUGAUAUGUUACAGGAGACAAUGGAAGAAUACAUGAACAAGCCUACGUUUUAA